AUGGAUUUCACCUUUGGCUACGAUCUUCCAAGGCGCGGCCCCCCACGAAGUAAUAGUCGACAACCAGCACUCGAGUACUUCGCACCGACACUGCAGGAACUCGGAGCUUAUCCUUCUCACGACAACCGACGCGAACGAACAAAAACGAUCACCGUUGUGGAUUUGGAGUUAACCGAGCGAGAGAGUGCGGGAUACCUAGACGCAUCAAGCGCCUCCUCUCAACAUCGUCGCGGUUUCCACCACCGAGUAAACUCGUCGAACCGCCCGUCCUUUGCUCUCUUCACGGAUCCGCUUCAAGCUGAUAGAGCUACGGAGAUUCGGCUUUUCAGUUUUGCAAGACCUCACAUGAGAGCAUUUCACUUCGCGUGGCUGUCCUUCUUCAUUGCUUUCUUCGGUUGGUUUUCGAUUCUCCCUUUGCUCCCUACUAUCAAGAAACAGCUUAAACUAACACAAGCUCAAGUCGACAAUUCGAACAUCAUUUCGUUGGCGAGUACCAUGGUUGGACGACUUCUAAUCGGACCGCUAUGCGAUCGCUGCGGUGCUCGUAGUAUCCAGGCUGCGCUGUUGGUGAUCGGAGCGAUUCCAGUGGCGUCCGCGGUCUUGGCGUUCGACUACGUUGGCUUCAUGUUUGUUCGUUUUUUCAUCGGCUUAGUUGGCUGCACCUUUGUGUCGACUACGUACUGGACGUCGACUAUGUUCUCGAAAGAAGUUGUUGGAAGUGCAAACGCUGUUGCUGCUGGUUGGGGGAAUUUGGGUGCUGGUGCGACGUACCUUAUCACUCCGUUACUGUUUGACUUGUUGACCGUGAAUGGCGGCAUGUCCGACAACUUGGGUUGGCGAGUUACGCAGUUGUUCCCAGCAAUACUGAUGGUAUUGAUCGGGAUUUGCACGUACUUCUUCUCGGAUGAUUGCCCACAAGGAAACUACCUUGAAAUGAAGAAAACCCACGCCAUGGCAGACAAACCGAAGACUGACAUGCUUCACGCCUUCAUAACUGUAGCAAGGCAGCCUGUGGCUUGGAUUCUGGCAUUCCAGUACGCGUGCAGCUUAGGUGUGCAGAUUCAAGUCCACAAUGUACUAAGUCUCUACUACUACGAGGAUUUCAGAAGCCCCGAUUGUGACCCUGCCACUGAUGAGGAUAACUGCCGUCUACUAACUCAAACGAAAGCCAGUCUCAUCUCGUCUUGCUUUGGACUAAUGUGCAUCUUCGCGCGUGCUAUCGGUGGCUAUAUAUCGGACGUAUGCAAUCGGAAUUGGGAUAUGAAGGGCCGGAUCUCGGCUCAGUUUGCCUGCCUCACAGGCCAAGCCAUUUUUCUCUAUGUGUACAGCCACAUCCGUUUGGUGGAAUGGAGUGUUCCCUGUUUAAUCGCCUUCGGCUUCUUCGCGGAGGCUUCGGCUGGUACAACGUAUGGAAUUGUACCCUACAUUUGCCCAGAUUACAUAGGUGUGGCGUCUGGAAUAGUGGGCGCUGGGGGAAACAUGGGAGGACUCAUGUGGGGACUUUUAUUCAAGGUCGUCGAAGACCGCGCUUUGUCGUUCCGAUAUCUGAGCUUAUUCAUUUUGAGUUCCGCUAUUUUGUCGAUAUGCAUUCGAGUGAAAGAUGAACGUUCGUUGUGGAGCCAUGAACCCUCCAGAUACUCGCGUCGUCGUACUGAGCAGACUGUGCAUGCUUUUUACGUGUGA